UUUUUUUAAAAGAUCAUUAAAAAAAAAAAAUGAAAUUUUUGAAAUUAUUCAUCUUAAUAAUACAUUUAUUAUUAAUACCAUCGGUAGUAUUAUCAAAAAGAAGAUGUAAACAACGUUGGAAUAUUCCUAACGAUGAAACAGCAACAAUAACGUUUGAUUCCGAAUCAUUAUCGGGUCAUUUCAUCCUUUACGAUGAUUUACAUAAAAGUGGAACGCAAAUAAAAGGAUUAUUUGAAAGAGGAUUAGUUAGACAAAGAUGGUUACCACCUAAUUAUACAUAUAAAUUCAUAGCAUUUAUGAAAUCCACAUGUAAGGAUUUAACGGAUAACGUAUUUUAUCAAAUUGAUGUUACAGAUAGUUUUGUACCUAGAAGAAAAGGUUUAAUUAAUGAAAGAGGUGGUAUGAAUAAAAUGAUUAAAUCUACAAUGUUAUCUUGGUAUUGGGGACCUAAUGUUGAUAUUGCCAUUGUCGCUUAUGAAAAUCAAGCAAAUAUAAAACAGAGAGAAGUUUGGAAAAAAAUUUCCUGUACCGAGGUUGUGAGCAAACCUGAUACAUUAUCGAAUAUUCUAGGCGAUGAUGCUAUGGACGACGAUGAUGACUAAAAUAAAUUUACUUUUAUUAUUGGUUUAAAUUUCAAGAAAAACAACAUUUUAAUAACAUUUUUAUGCAACAAAUUUUUGUAUAUAAUUAAGUAUGAAAAAAUCAAAAGGUUUCAUAAUAUAAAAAUAAACGAUUUGCCGCAGAAAAUAAAAAUAUUUUUAUU